AUGUCACCAACUCUGUUGCCGAAUCUUCGUAGGUUGCAUUGGUUAGAUAACGGAGAAGACCAAUUUCCGCUAUCGCAUUAUCUCCUUGUGUCGCCUAUUACGUUGAUGAAGCUCAGACCCGCCUCUUGGUGGACACCCUCUUCUACCAAAUCUACGUUGUUAACUUCCCUUGGAACGAGUCGGUGUCCAACCAUUCGGGAACUCGAAUGUGUAUACCAAGGAGAUGAUAGUGAGUUCUCAGAUGUAAUAUGCGAAGCUGUAUGUGGCUUGCGGGAGCUCUCCCAUCUUCGCACAGGGGUCCUUAAUCCACGAGCACUUCUUCACUUGGCAUCUCUACCUUCGUUGAAGUGUCAGUACUCCAGGACAUAUAACUACAACAGCACACAAACCAAUGCCACUCCAACAUUUCGUGCCCAACUCGAUCAAGUGGACAUCUCUUCACCGUCACCUUCCGUUCUUGCUCGCUGUCUCAGAAACAUCCAGUUUCUCUCUUGUCGAUCAGUAGAGUUAUACAUCGGUAAUGCCGAUCAGAUUCAUUCAGCGCUACCUCAUGGUCCACUGGGUAUUCCAGAACUCAUCAUCUCCUUAUCCGAGUACUUCUCCCCUACCCUCGAACGACUCUCUGUCACCCUCUUCAACAAACUUCCUGAACCCACACUUGCUGAUCUCCGUUCACCAUAUAUCUUUGAUGUGAUUGCCCCAUUUCUGUCUUUCAUGCAAUCCUUGCCUCAGCUCGAGGAAUUUUACUUUGGAAGUAGGGGCUCGUUGGCUGAUCCAGCCAUCUAUCACUUUCAUGGGACUCGUUCACCUCAUGCAAUACUGCAAGCGCUUGAGACCAGUUCACAUGACCUUGACGCCGACGAGGUAGACACCUUCAGUGGGCCGUUCAUCCCCGACGAGAAGAUCACCGAACUCUUCUUUGGGACGUCUCCGAUCGACGAUUCCCUCGUCAUGGCAUGUCAACUACAUGCAUUGCUACCAAACUUGACCAAUGUUUACUACGACUUCGCCAGCAGACCGCCGUUGGAAGAUUUCCAGGCAGAGUGGACGAGUUCCUGGGGGUGCUUAUUAUAG